AAGCGAAGCCUAAAUCAAGCAGAAUGAACAGAAAUAAAAAACCAUAAAGCGCAGCCCAAACGCUAAUUCGUGAUUUCCAUGUGAAACGGUUGACAUUUGCAUUUGGACUCCGUAUAAAAACACUGUGGCGUCAGUUUCCAGCACAGUCUCUGUUGUUUAAGUGACUUGGCGUUACAUUAGUGCAAUCUUCAUUGUGCCUCUCGACGGAUUAAAAACGCGAUAUUCUUCGCGUACUUACAGUGAAAUUGAACUCAGAUAAAAAGGAUUACAGCGCUCUCUAUAAGGAAAGGAUGUGGUUAUUAAAGAUAUUUUCACUGUGCACUUUGCUCGCAUUAACACAUUGUGGUGUUGUUGGCCCUUUUGGUGGACCAUAUGGACCCUCUGGUCCGUAUUAUGCAGGCUAUGCCCCACAUCAUGCGGCAGUAUCAGCACCUGCUUACAUUGCUGCCGCACCUAAGCCAGCCGCACCAGAACCUUACGAUGCUGCACCAAAGUAUUCCUUUGGAUAUGAUAUAAGUGAUGGCUAUACUGGUGACUCCAAGAGUCAACAUGAAACACGUCAUGGCGAUGUGGUCAAAGGCAGUUAUUCAGUACUUGAUCCAGAUGGCACUAAGCGCACUGUUGAUUACAUUGCAGAUCCACAUAAUGGUUUCAAUGCUGUAGUACGUAAAGAGCCAGUAGCAUACAAAGCACAUGCACCAGUACCUGUACUUGCGCCAGCUCCACUACCUGCAGUUGCACCUGCACCCGCACCUGCUCCACCCUUACCACCAGUACCAAAACCCGUAGCAGCUCCACUGCCAGCUGCUCUAGCAUAUCCUGCAGCUGCAUUAAAUGCUUUACAUGCUGGCAUUCCGGCUGGUUUUCAUGCUGCUUAUCCUGCUUUGGCACAUGGUGCAUAUGGUGGACCAUUGGUCGCGGGUACUGGUCCAGGCCCAGCUUCACAUCAUGCACCGUAUUAUCAUUAACCGAUAUUAAUUAAUCUCAAAUCUCCGACUUCAAAAUUUAGCAGCAAAUGGCGACUUUUUAUAGACCAGUAGUUCGUUUCGGAUUUGUAUUUUUCUAGCGCCUAUGAUAAUAUUUAUUGGUUCAUUCGAUUGUGUGCUUUCCAACAUCCUGUGUUCCUCUCUGCUUCAUUCCAAUGGAUUAUAAUAAUUAAAUAAUUGUGUGUUGUUGUUUUCUAAGCUUAAG